AAAAAGGAGGUAACUGAAAAAUCUCAUGCAAAGACCUUCUCAACAUAAACAUUUCUGUUUUUUAUUAAUGCUGAUACAGUCUUAAUCUCAACUAUAGGAAUGAUAUUUGUUUACUUCUCAAUCAUCUUUUAUCUGAAAAGUUAUCAAGCUUCAGAAUUGACUCACGAAUCUCCUGUGCUGUAUCCUUUAAUGGUACCAUCCAAUCCAACACUUGGUGAUGAUACAGACAUUCUUUGCAAACUGAGAAGAGGAACUGAACCUGUAAAGUUUCAGUGGUUUCAUGAUGGCAAAGAAAUUUCUUCAGAUCGCAAGUCGAAAAUUACAACAUCUGAACGCAGAUCUGUGUUUUCAAUGGGAAAUAUCGAAGUGACGGAUAUUGGAAAUUACACUUGUGUAGCUACAAAUGCUUACGGUAGAGAUUCAAAAACUGAAAGUGUUCUUAUAGAAGCAUGCUGCUCUGGAGAUCCCCCUGUUCUUUAUCCAUUGAUGUUACCUUCAAACCCUUCCAUUGGAGACAGCACUGACAUUCUCUGUAGUCUUAAACGAGGAGCUCUUCCUAUUCAGUUCAAAUGGAUGCACAACAGCAAAGAUAUAAAUUCAUUCCCCGAUGUGAAGAUAUCAAUUUCAGACAGGCGUUCCUUGCUUCAGAUCAGUGCUUUACAUGCUAUUCACAUAGGGAAUUACACAUGUCAAGCUAGUAACGUGUUUGGUCACAACAGUCAAACUGAGUUGCUUAUUUUAGAUGGUAUGCAAGAACCUCCUAUAUUACAUCCCCUCAACAUACCUCCAGACCUUGGAAUAGGAGAUAGUCUAGAUAUUAUAUGUAGCUUGAAAAGGGGAAGCAUCCCUGUAACAUUUGAAUGGAAAAUAAAUAAUCGAGUUCCUGAAAAAAGAGUUGGAAUUCAAAUCAAUACAUCACAAAAAAGAUCUGUUUACAUUAUUGAUAGUAUAUCAGCAUCUGACGUUGGAAAUUAUUCAUGCACUGCAACCAAUAACGAUGGUUCAGAUCAAGUUCGAGGAAACUUAGAUGUUGAAGAUUUGCUUUCUGGUGUCAUAGCUCUUUAUUUUGAGAAAUUAAGGAUACAAAGAAAAAUGCAGAAUACAGACAUUAAACAGCGUUAUCAUCCCACCAAGUUAUCUUAUCUGAUGUUUUUGCAUGAUUUCUUAAUAUACUUGUGCUUGCUGCUAAUAAAGAAUACCAUACAUGCACAAGCUACUGGAACACCAGUUCUUCAUCCACUGCUUAUACCUCCAGAUCUUGGGCUUGGAGACAGCCUAGAUAUAAUAUGCAGUUUGAAAAGAGGGAAUACACCCGUAAAUUUUGAAUGGAUUCUCAACAAUAAGAAAGCUACUGAUGUAUCAGGCAUAAAAAUUAAUACGUCUGAAAGAAGAUCUGUUUGUAUUAUUCAAAGUAUAAGAUACGAUCAUAUUGGUAACUAUACUUGCAAAGUAUCUAAUGUUGAUGGGUAUGAUGAAGCUCAUACUGAACUUAAAGUUGAAGUUGGAGCCUGUGAAAUACCGAAUUUAUAUCCCAUGUUUGUCCCACCGAAUAUUGGAUUAGGCGAUCCUGUAGAAUUGCACUGCAGCCUGAAGAAAGGAAGUCUGCCAGUUACUUUCACGUGGUUCCUGAACAGUGUCAGGAUUACAAACAAUUCUAAACACAAUUUGAAAAUAACAAGCACUCAGAGGGGAUCUCUUUUUAGCGUCGAAACGCUUAGUGCACAAAAUAUUGGCAACUAUACUUGUCAGGCAACUAAUGAUUUUGGAAUUGAUAAUGCUAGUGUUUUAGUCUAUGCUGAAGUUCCCCCUCACUGGACGAAAGAACCAAUGGAUACAACUGCUGCUAAAGGUUCGGGUCUUGUUGUGGAUUGUACGGCUACAGGCCAUCCAACACCUAGAGUGUCCUGGAGUAUACAGAAAAAUGCAGAACAUCGCGAACCCAUUCGUGGAGAUGGGCAGUGGACUACUGCUUCCAACGGGUCUCUCAUUUUUUCAAGGGUGGACGAAUCAGAUGCUGGUGUAUAUGUAUGUGAAGCACAUAAUGGCAUAGGACCAGGAAUAUCCAAGAGUAUACAAAUCAGUGUACACGUUCUCAAUAAUUUUACAACAUUUUUGAGAUUUGAAGUGGUGAAAGAUACUACAGAUUAUGGAACAAAAUCUGAACUCCUGAUACACGAUUCGCAAAAAGCUGAUGUAGGGCAUUAUAUUUGCCAAGCUCGUAACCAAUUCGGAGAAGAUGAAGGAAAAGUGAAAUUGGUUGUCCUUGAACCCCCAUCUCCUCCGACUGGAAUUCGCGCUUCUGAAGUUCAAGUGAGAUCGAUUAGAUUGUCGUGGCAACCCUCCUCUGCUGACGAAGGUUUGGUAGAAAACUAUGUUGUGAGAUACUGGAGAAAUGAUGAGAAACGAGGGAAAUUGCACCAAGUUACUUUACCAGCAGUUCAAACGGCAGUCACAAUAUCUAAUCUGCAUCCGGGAACAUCAUACAGCGUUCAAGUAUUUGCCCAGAAUGACGUAGGACAAGGUGAUCCUUCUCAGCCAAUCACAUUUCGUACAGUUGAAGAAGCUCCAGACGGUGCACCCCUAGAUUUGAGGGUUGAACCAGUAAGUUCAAAGUCUAUAAGAGUAUCGUGGAAGCCGCCUCAGAGGCAUCACUGGAACGGCCCUCUACGAGGAUACUAUGUGGGUAACAAAGUGGCCCACUCAAGUUCACCGUUCACCUACCAGACAGUCGAGACGACGGACAGACGUGGUGGAUCUCUUCUUAUUCAAGGUCUGCUGAAAGCAACCACAUAUACUGUUGUUGUCAAAGCUUUUAAUGCUGCUGGAACCGGACCGCCAUCUCAUGAGCUACAAGUCACUACCUUAGAAGAAGAUCCUCCUUCCCCGCCUAUAGUAGGAGUCGCUGAUGUGACAGCAUCUAGUGUUGGCAUACAUUGGAAUAUAGGAAGUGAUAAACAACCAUCAGUAGUUC